AUGGCCUUGCUUGCAAACAUCUACCAUAAAAAACCUUCUUCGACAUCAUCAACCACCAAAACCAAAACCUUUGCCGAGACGAUUCAUAAUGUCUGCGACAUACCAACCUCACAUCUCCCUAAACUGGUCAUCAAAGGAGAUAAGAUAGCCAUUACAAUAACGAAAGAUGAAUAUCUUGCAGGUCAUGAAGCCUGUAAGCACAACCUUCAUGCUAGAAUCAUAUGGCCUAAAGGUACGACCCCUCUUAGAGUAAGUGUCUUGCGAAACAAGCUAUCACCUCAGUGGAAGGAUCUUGGCAAAUGGGGAAUCACAUCGCUUGGCAAAGGAUUUUAUGAAUUUUCUUUCUCAACCAUAGAGGACUCCUAA